AGAGAGGACCUGGACAAGGAGCACCAAACGAUCGCCGGACGGUGCUGAGCAACGUGGUUUCGCUCCUUCCGUUUCUCUGCGAUCGCUCUCGCAACCGAGAGGGACCCCGAGCAGUCAGGACUCGGCUGUCCCGUCGACGCCACCGCAUCCGCGCGACGCAACACGCGUGCACGUUCGGGGGAGACGAGAACACGCGGCGUUAUCCUCGCCGUUAUCAGGAUAACGAGACGAGACGAGACGAAGGGUGCGAUCGGAUCGCAUCGUGCAAUAAUAACGUGGUCCAACUUGUUGUUUCGAAACGAGCGUGAGAAGAACUUGGCAGAGCAUCUCUCUCUCCCUCUCUCUCUCUCUCACACACACACACAUACACACUUUCUCUCUCUAGUCAACGGAACAGGAGGAAGGAUAAUUUGCGGGAUAACUUUAUUAUUCGUUCAACGUCGAUCGAUCGACGAUCGGAUUGGUGGUUGAAAAGUUGGAAGGAAUCGGCGCCGAAAAACGUGGGCCGCGUGACACGCGGCGAAAGAGAGCGAGGGAAGGUGUCUGUCGGUCGAACACGUGGUCGCCGCCGCCACUACGAGGCACGGAGACUGUUUCCUGUAAUCGUCGCCGAUCCUCGCGAGCAUCGUGUUUUCGAGAUGUACGAUCGGACGUUUCGAUCUGGAUACCAUCUGUAAUAGAAUCUCAUCGGUCGAAGAAUCAAGAGGAAGAGGAAGAAGAAGUGCUCUGAGAGUGCGGGGAUUAGUGUGCCGUUGUUGAAAAACCAGGUGUGCCCUCUCUCUCUUUCUAUAUAUAUAUAUAUAUAUAUUAUAUACCGUUCCCCUCUUCGUUUUCUUCCACCUUAUUCUUCUUCUUCUUCUUCUUCUUCUUCUUCUUCCUCUUCUUCUUCUGUUCCUCCCUUCGACCGACCGGCUAUCUUCUCUUUUCUCUCCCGUGGUGAACGCGUCGAACUGUUUACAUGCAUCGUGGAACGCGGAAAAGAGUUUGACGAGAAAAAAAAAGAAGAAAGAAAAAAAGGAGAAGAGAAGAUAAAAGAAAGGGAUAAAGAGAAAGGGAGAAAAAAGAAGCGAGAAGAAUCGGGAAACAGGUGGAAAAGUGAGAAAUUGGAGUUGACCGGAAGUGCAGCCAGCUACCCUAACGGCUUCAAGGUCAUGGAAUGACGCAUAAGAUCAUUCGGAGCGAGGAGCAGGAGCAAAGCCGAGGGUGAUAGAAGCGGGUGUGAUGAGCGGAUAUCUCGGUAACAUCCCCCUGCCCCCAACAUUGUUGCACGACCCGAAGUAUCCUCCAGCCAUGCGGGAGAAAGACUCGAGCCCGAGAAAAAUGCCGGGCCACAUAAGCCCGAAGCAGGCGAGCAUAUAUCCCCUGAGCGUCCGUGUCCCGGACGUGGAAGAAUUGCCGUACGACCUGAGCCACGGCCACGGCCGCGGCCUGUCCAGCCCCACCAAUCAGCAACAGCACAGGCAACAGCCCCACAUGAGCCCGGCCGCGAGGCCCCCUCAAUCUCACCACCAGGAGGAUCUCGACUGCGUCGAGCCGUUGGAUCUCCGCGUCGAUCACAAGAAGGAAAGACUCACGGACGAGAAUCAGAACGAGAUCGAGGUUCUGAAUCAGAACAGCCUGGGUGGUAGUGGAGGAGGAGGAGGAGGAGGAGGAGGCAUCCCGUAUCACACGGUCCUGUUCCCCCAGCAUCACACCGUUCACCCGUUGGUCCUCGAAGCCAUGUACCGGUCCCAUCAUCACGGCUCCUCGGUUCCCGACCUACCCAAGAUCCAGGUGCGAGCGUUGCCCACCAUGGUACCGUUACCGCCCAACAGAUUCUCUUCCACAGCGUCCACCGCGUCCUCCGUUUCCUCGCAAGCAGCGGGUAGAGUGCCAAGCCCCUCGGCCGGCCAGCAACAUCAACCGUCCCCCCAACAAAGUCACUCGAGUCAGCAGCAGCAACAAGCGCCAUCCGCCAUCCCGCCUUACUCGAUCAGCGUCCAGGCAGGUCUCAAGCCGAAGGACAGAUACUCGUGCAAGUUCUGCGGUAAAGUGUUCCCCAGAUCGGCCAAUCUGACGCGGCACCUCAGGACUCAUACCGGUGAACAACCGUACAAGUGCAAGUACUGCGAGAGGAGCUUCAGCAUCUCGAGCAACCUGCAACGCCACGUCAGGAACAUCCACAACAAGGAGAAACCGUUCAAGUGUCCGUUGUGCGAACGGUGUUUCGGGCAACAGACCAAUUUGGACAGACACUUGAAGAAGCACGACGCUGACGGGCCGACGAUACUCGACGAGGUUAGAUCGAGGUAUCACGGCCAGUUGCCGAGGGCGGACGAGUCUUAUUUCGAGGAGAUUCGAAGCUUCAUGGGCAAGAUCACUUCCCAGAGACAGGGAAUACCUUAUUUCCCUGGGUUGCUGGGACACGGGGGGGGAGACGAGUUCAGGAACGACAAGCAACAGCUCCAGCUGGAAGAGAAGAGGGGCGACUCUUCCUACUUCAGCGACAGGGAUAAUCUGAGCUCGAGGUCGAGCAGCACGGCGAGCAGGCCCGAGAGCGUCCAAGAGGAGCAACGAGAAGUUAAUUCCCCUCCGCUGUCACCUGGAAACAACACCUGAGUCAGGGGAUCGUACGUUCGAACGAAUGAUUUUCGUUAUGGUUAAGUAAUUAAGGGAGAUCGAAGCGUUCUUGAACGUUCUUCUUUGAGAAGUUUCCACGAAAGUGGAAUUAUUUUUUGUUUUUCUUUUUUUUUUUUUUUUGUAUUGAGAAGAGAUAGAUCGAAUUUUCGCUUUCAACGAUAAGACGUAAA